UUGAUCAAGGUGCUUCCUCUCUUCAUCAAGAUGCUUCCUCUCUUCAUCAAGAUGCUUCCUCUCUUCAACAAAGUGAUUCCUCUCUUCUUCAAAGUACUUCCUCUCUUGAUCAAGAUGCUUCCUCACUCCAUCAUGCAGCUUCCUCUCUUCAUCAUGCAGCUUCCUCACUACAAUGCAGCUUCCUCUCUAAAUCAAAGUGCUUCCUCUCUUCAACAAAGUGCUUCCUCUCUUCUUCAAAGUACUUCCUCUCUUGAUCAAGGUGCUUCCUCUCUUGAUCAAGGUGCUUCCUCUCUUCUUCAAAGUACUUCCUCUCUUGAUCAAGAUGCUUCCUCUCUUCAACAAAGUACUUCCUCUCUUGAUCAAGAUGCUUCCUCUCUUGAUCAAGGUGCUUCCUCUCUUCUUCAAAGUACUUCCUCUCUUGAUCAAGAUGCUUCCUCUCUUCAACAAAGUGCUUCCCUCUUCAUCAUGCAGCUUCCUCUCUUCAACAAAGUGCUUCCUCUCUUCUUCAAAGUACUUCCUCUCUUGAUCAAGAUGCUUCCUCUCUUCAUCAUGCAGCUUCCUCUCUUCUUCAAAGUGCUUCCUCUCUUCAACAAAGUGCUUCCUAUCUUCAUCAUGCAGCUUCCUCACUACAUCAUGCAGCUUCCUCUCUAA